AUGGGGAGACGGGCGGCUGACCUGACCACUGCCGUGCCAGUACUGGGAGUUCCCGCCCUGGUGGGGGUGCGUGGUUGGAGGACAGCAGGAGGGGAAAGGGCCGGUGAAGUGCUGCCACUGACAUGGGGUCCCCAGUGCAGCAUCGGAGUGCAGACUUCACCCUGUGUAAGAGCCCCACCCAUCCUGCAGGGCACACAACUAAUUGGCCCAUUCCCCAGGCAAUCAGACAGCAGGAUUACUCCCAAAUCCAAUGGCUACAUCCCAAAGGAGCCAAAGGAAGAGGAGGGAAUCAGACGGACUAAGAGUGUCAGAGAAAGAGUGGCUCUUUCAAAACAGAGGAGUUUAGAUUCCAAGAUCAAAAAGGGUGUGACUUUUGAAGGAAUUUCCAGUAAGCUCACAAAGAAUGUGCUCUUCAACCAAUGGAAAAGUGGGACUUAUUGCUAUGCCCGAGCAAUCAAGACUAACCCACACUUAUCAGGGGGCAUGGGGAAUAGCAAGCUCAAAGGGAGGCAGGACAUGCGCUACACAAAUGGCAGUGUAGUUGACUCUGAGGCUAUAGGAGGGAUUUGUAUUGAUGGCCGUGAUGAGGCGGAGCCUGUCUCGACCAUGUCCUCUAGAGUAGGGGACCAAUCAAAACCUAAAGAACAUUCUGUGGCACAUUCAUAUUGUGGGAAUGCAAAACGACCACCUGCUCUCCCACCUCUCCAAAUGCCCCAGCGGAUCUGCAGCCACUGUGGAGGGAGACAGACUGUGGUCGCUGGAGCUGGAGAUGGAGCUGGAGCUGCCAAUCUGGGAGAUAAGAGCCCUUCCUCUGCAUGCCCUGAAGGAACAACAGCCAUGAAAACACCUCCUUCACUCACAGACAGAAACCAUCUUCCAACUUCACAUACUGAGAAAGAGAGAGACUCUGCAUUCUCUCCUCUGAGGAUUGCAUACAGGGAUCGGACACAAAGCCAGUGGACACACACAGACUCUCUAUCCACCCACCCCCACUGUAAUCCCCCUAUUCAGAACAACAAAGACAGGAAACCCAAUCUGCCUGAAAACCCACCACCUGCAUGGCAAAAUGGAGAUCUGAAACAGACUAAUAGUUAUACCUCACAUCCUACAUACCCCCUGCAUUCCACUAGCAGAGACCCAGUAGAAACCCUAGACACACCUUCACAUGCACACUCAGACAAGCCAACCAGCCUCACAACCAUCUUACACACAACAACGGUUACAGUCACCAAGGCAACAAUUGAACCCAGGCGUGCAGAUGCCAACUUCCUUGAGACCCCAUCUCACUUGAGUAAGAUUCCCCGACCGACACCGCUCAAACUUUCUCCCCAAAUCGCCAUAGCCACAAGACCAAACACGCCACGCACACACCGUAAGCAUCCAAAGACACCCAGACACCCAAAUACACAACCCAACCCCUCAAACACUCAACCUUACCCUGUAAACCCACCACACAGAACCUCUCCUCCAAACCAUGUAAACCCAUCCUGUGUUAUUAAACCCCCUAAGCCUGAAAACACACCACACACAACAACACUUUCUAUCACUGCUACAACAUUACAUAGAAGUGCACCCCCUUAUCCCACCAACACACACGCAACUAAACCCCCUAACUCUGCAAACGCGCACACAGCUACACCACCUACCCCUGUAUGCACACCGACAACAACAACACUCCCAAACACAGCUACCACAAUGAUGUAUAGAACACUCCCUAGCCAUGCUAACACAUUACACACAACUACAACUCCAGCAAACACACCAUAUACCACCACUCUGGCUAACCCUUAUAUCACAUCACACACAACUACACCCACAUACUAUUAUACCACAAUACACCCAACAACACGCCCAAAGCCUUUGUCCCUUAACCCUAACCUUUCAAACACACCUAUAUCCCCUUACUUAGCUUAUACAUCCCCCAAAACACCCCCCAAUGUUGAUAACGCGUCACAAACAACUACACCCACUCACUCUUCAAAUGGGUUACACAUAGCUAAUCAGCGUCAUCCCUCAACCACAUCACUGACUAACUGUAGACCAUUGAUAAUGACACAGACACAACACAAUAAACCACCUGACCAUUCAAAUAGAUCACAUAAGGUAACAUGUAUAAAGACACAUGCUGAACAAACCACUGCCUAUCACACAAACACUCAUAAACGAUUUGUCGUUGAACCAAUAAUGCACGCAAAUGUAUAUCCAAAACUACUGACUGUCUCCAACAGAAACACACACUGUAAUCCUGUCAUCGUAUCACAGACACAUGAGGAAAGGCACUCUAGAAUGUCCAAUGCAUCACAGGUCACUAACCUCCCAAAAUGCAUCACUGAAAAGGAGACAAACAAAGAAGGAGAAAAGCAGGGACACUUUGUCACAAACCUAAAACCUGGGUCUGAGCCUCAGCUACAUUCACACACAGAGCACAUUCCCUCCAGCGCAUUCAGACUUGACGGGCAGAUAUACACAAAUGACGUUCCACCUUCCAUCACACCACAGACACAAACAGACCCUAAGGCCCUCAUUGCAUCACAGAUGAACACUACUGCACAUGUCAAACCCGUCACCAAAACACCAAACCACAGAAACACAGACUUCAGUUCCACAUCAACGCCAAACAAACACACAAGCCCCACACACCGACUCAUACCACAGGCCCGUCCAUACACCAUCACUGAGCUCCUCACACACACAGCCAUAGACCCCAAGUGCAACCGCCUUUUGCCGCCAUCACGCAUGGCACACCUAGCAUUCUACACCCUCACCCAUCCCAAUCAGACACACCAGAUGAUCCAUCCAGUAUUACCAUUUUUAUCGUCAAGCACCACCCCACAGCCCUCCCUAGACGAUCCCAGGCUGGCUCACUCCCACCCGGCAGACGCAGCCCUGCUGCCCCCUUCCCCACAGUGCAGCAAGCCAGCCCCUCUCCAACGGAGGCUGCAGUUUGUAGAGGCCAACCUGGCAGCCAACCAGGACAAGAUCACUACCCUUCUCAACAUCAUCCAAGACCUGGAGAUGAGCCAAGCUCUCAGCAUGGGGUAAGAGACAGGAAGGAAGAUAGAGUGAUCACGAGAAAGGAUGAGAAAAAGAAAGGGAGAUAGAAGGGGUGGGAAGGAGUGAGUAGAGAAGGAGAACAGGAUGACAUUAGAAAGAAGAGUGUUAUUAUUAAUAAUAGUGUUAUUAAAUGUCCAUUGCAGACGUUUUUAUCUCAAUAUCAUAUCAUUUCUGGGUGACAAUUAAGUACAUUCAUGUGACUGUUUUCAAUUACAAUGGUCAAAAAUAAACAAAAAUAGAUUCUUAUCAAAGGGCAAUUUCUCAGUGGUCUGAUUGGGGAGGGGAAUACAGAAUAUUAGCUUUUACUGGCAUAGAGGUUUGGAACUCUCUUUCUUAUUGGUCUAUUAACUAAUUUACUGCAUGGUAAUUUCAGACAGUCUUUUUAAACAGCUCUUACACUAAAAGGGCAUUAUCAUAAUUUUCACAAUUUCACAGUAUUAUUCCAAACUCAUAGUGUGGAAAUGUAUAUAAAACAGGAAAAUCAAGUUUUUGACUGCCCUUGGCCUUUUAUAUCUCCUGCUCUUUGUUUCAGUCGGCGAUGCUACAGGACAGGGCAGGACCUCAGGGAGUGCUCCACCUGUCAGAAGACUGCUUGUAUCGUCUACAGGUGAAACACAGGAAGCAUGGUCAGAUCGGUUUGACUCUUUCCUCCUGUUUAUGCUUUUCUCAGUUUUCACCCUCUUUCUUGCUCUAUCUCUCUGUCCCUGCAGUGUGGAGUAUGACUUCAGGCAGCAAGAGAGACGUUUCUUGGAGGUUCUGAAUCCUCAGAGGGCUGACAACAACACUCCAACAUUUCCCCCCUACCUGCCUCACAACCCCACCUUGCUGACGAAUGCCAUCACUAAGACCAUGACCAAGUCCAAGGUUAAAAGCAAAAAGUUGUGCAAGACGCUUUUCCGAUGGCUGCCUAGAAAAAUUCAGCGGACAAAGUCCUCCUUUCACCAACUCUCUCCAGAUCAUUUGAACUCCUAGCAUGUUAUCCAUGAGGUAUCCCCUGAAAUAUAAGAUAUGAUGUCCCUAUUACAGCAAGCAGCACUUGUCAUCGUGGAAGACACGUCACUUCCUGUUCACAUGAUAGGUGUUCUGAAAUCUGAUUUUCUCCUUUAAGGUUCAUUGACACCCUAAUGUCCAAUCAGAACAUAGUAUGAACAGGAUAUCCCCAAUAGUAACUAGAGACCUUUGCCCAGUCUAGCAAGAGUAUAUCAUAAGGGAAAACAUCAUCCUUCAGAUGAAAAUCAUAAACUUUCGUCCAAAGCACAUGCAAUAGUUUUGUUGAACUAGAUAUGACUUCCAAAAGUUUCCUAGAUUGCAAUCACCAUUUUUCAGAGUAUAUAGUAGAUGAAACGUCCACUUAGUCAUGUUCUAUAGUAUCUUGUAGCUAAGUGUUGCCGUCCAAUUACAGAUUCCCCCUACCAGCUUAUCCCAGGGUAAAUGUAUCUACCUGAUUUUUUUUUAGAAAUAAACCAAAGCUGCAGUACAUACUGUAAACAUUUUCUCUUUUCAUAUGUAAGUAAUAUUGCUUAUUGAUAUCCAUCUGUCUAUCUUUUCCUGUAAGUAAUAUAAUCACCUCCUCUUACACGUGCACAAAACACACACGCACGCACGCGCACACACACACACACACACACACACACACACACACACACACACACACACACACACACACACACACACACACACACACACACACACACACACACACACACACACACACACACACACACACACACACACACACACACACACACACAAGUUACAGGGACCCAUAGAAGCACUCACACAUGGUGCUACACAGGAAUCCUCCUACCAAACUCAUACAUACUGUAGUCAUCCAGGCCUGCUCUGUUCUCUCACCUGACACAGUUAGACAGUUCACAGCAGCCAGCCAGCUGUCCCUGAAAGUGGAGAAUCUUUCAUUCUCUUUUUCCCAGAAGGGAAGAGGCUCGUGCAGAAGGUCUCUAAAUCCCCAAACAAUCUAAAGCCUAACAGGGUUUCUUAAAAGGCUUCAGAGUUAAACAAUGGCAGGAUGUAUUGUUGCAAUGAAGCAUGAAAAUCCCACAAUGCAAUUUUCCAUGGGCACAUGCAGAUACACACCCGUACACAUACACACAUACUGUAUAUAUGCACACACACACAACCUCCUACACUGAACCAAAAAGCACCCAAUGGCAGGCUUCAACGAAGCAUUAAUAACCUUAGCUCAUGCUGCUAGUGAAUGCCUCUGACAAAUAAGGAGCUGCCUAGGGGAAUAUGCCAUUUUGGAAAAGUUUGAUCUCAACCCAGAGAUCAUGAAAAACAAGGAGAGACAUCUUGUUAGAGUAGUCCUGUCAGACAUGGGCUGUGUUUUGUUGUGAACUCUUCUUUGGGAAGCCCUGGCAGCUAUGCCAGCCUUGCUGCAUGACAAGGACAAAGCAGUGCCCUCUUACCCCUCUCAUACGCUCUCUCACACACCCCCCCCUGGCUCCAGAGCACUGUUAGCACUGAUAAAAUGGUGUGUUCUUCCUUGUUCCUAUCCCUCACAUUGUUUACCCAGGACAAGCCUCAUCGCCAUAAGGAAUAA